UCGCUGCCGACGACCCGUCAUCCGUGUCGUCGACGCCACGCUUAUAAACGACACUCCCUCCGCCGACGGCAGUCACUGCAUGUUCGCUCUACACACACGAGACAUACAGACGCACGCACUCGCUCUACGAACAGACGAAAUGCAACAGCAGCACGUAACGUCGCAGUGCUGUCAUGAUGCGGCGCACGGAUACACGGACCCCUUACUGAUCGACUGCAGCCUUCAGUACGCGAUGCCUGUCUAUCUGCAGCAGCUAGCCGUCGCCUAUCCAGACGGCGCUCUGACGCUCAUGACACAGCAUCUUCCCGACCUGACAGCAUCCUUUGAUAUGUCGCUCUCCUCAUCCGACGAGAGCUUCUCAGACUCUUACGUUGACGGACACGGCGACAGAGCGACGUCGCCGCUUCGCAUAGAUUAUCGGCGUGCUGGCGUCUAUGAGGACGAUGAAGAUGAAUCAGAAGAUGUCGUCCGUGUUGCUGACACGUCACCGAUGCUAGAUGACAGCUUCUCUCUCUCAUCGCAGCACGGCUUCGCUGCUCCCAGCAUCCUCAACUUCAUCGAAGCACUGAACGUUGAGUAUAUGAUGUCGACGUCAAGUCCAGCCUGCUGCUACAUGAUCGACUUUCUGGCCUCGUUCAUGGCUUCCGAUGGCUACCGUGAUGACAGUUAACACACCGCGUGUCUAUCGAUGGCAGACGAACCCAUGGAAGCCAGCCAGACAACACGAGAUGGUUUAUUACACGAGUAUUAACGCGCGCGUGUGUGUAAAGCGUUCGUAGAUGAUAUAUAAACGGUUGUUGAGGAGGACAAUAGCGACAUGUGUCAUCACGUAUAUGUGCGCGACUUUGAACCUGGCUCCCGCCUAAAGUAUCCACAUCAAUACGUACAUAAUCGUAACGAUAUAUUCUUGUUACUAUAGCAUACAUGUAUACUAUAAGCGUUAUACUUAUUGAACAUAUGAGGGAGUAAAUAUUUGUGUAGUGAUCAAUGCGUGUUGACAUAGUUCUAUAAUGUACAUACUAUCAUGCUUGUACAGAAAAAUGUAACAAUAAAGCACACGUUGUAAGCAGCGUGACUUGCCAACCAUUGUACUUUAAACAUCCUAUAGUGUAAAUACGAACAAGUCAAUUUCGCAUAAUUAUAUGUAUGUUUGUAUAGAAAUUU